UCAUGGAUCUCAUGGACAAGAGAGUGGUUCUGAUCACGGGCUGCUCUUCAGGGAUCGGCCUCAGCCUGGCAGUCCGACUGGCCUCUGACCCUCAGAAGUCGUACAAAGUUUACGCCACGAUGAGGAACCUGGCGAAGAAGGAGCGCCUCCUGGAGUGUGUCAAAGACCUUCACAAAGACACUCUGGACAUUCUCCAGAUGGACGUGACCGAGCGACGGUCCAUCCUGGAGGCCAAGGACAAAGUGGUGGAGAGGCGAGUGGACAUUUUGGUGUGUAAUGCUGGCGUGGGGUUGAUGGGACCUCUGGAGAUCCAGUCCCUGGACCAGAUGAAGCAGAUUCUCGAGGUCAAUCUCUUCGGCACCAUCCAGACCAUCCAAGCGUUCCUUCCUGAGAUGAAGGUCCGGGGUCAGGGUCGCAUCCUGGUCACUGGCAGCACAGGGGGUCUUCAUGGACUCCCUUUUAAUGAGGUUUACUGUGCCAGCAAGUUUGCGGUGGAGGGAGCUUGUGAGAGCCUGGCAGUCGUCCUCAAACACUUCAACAUCCACGUGAGUCUGAUCGAGUGUGGCCCGGUCAACACGGACUUCCUGGUCAACCUGCAGAAGGCGGAGCUGGGGGACACGCUGGUCCAGCAGGUGGACAGUCAAACCCUCAACCUGUAUGAGAAGUUCCUGCACCACAGCGACUCCAUCUUCCAAAACGCAGCACAGGACACUGAAGACAUUGUGAAGGUCUUUCUGGAUGCCAUCCAGUCGCCCAGCCCUGCGUUCAGGUACUUCACCAGCGGUGUGGUGCCGCCUCUUGCCAAACUCAAGAUCUCACAUCCGGAGGGAGACCAGUACAUCAGCACCAUGAGCGAGCUGGUGUUCUCAGGCCAGGGACAGGAGCACCGUGUCCUCUGCCCCACUAUGUCAUGCGACAGGCCAACGCUCUGAUUCCUGGAAUAAACUCUGACUCGCUUUUGUUGCUCCACAAAUCUUACAACUGGGGCUGUAAAUUCAUAUCCAAGGUGAAACUGCAUUAAAUCAGGUGGAAGUGACUCAGUAGUAAACUGCUGAAGUAAACAACAACUGGGAACAAAAAAAAACAAAACUGGUUGUGAAGAAUUCUCAAGACUGAAACACACAAACUUCCUUUAUGUUGCUAUGUUGUGAUGAAAAUGUGUUUAUUUCCAACAAUAUUUUAGUAUAAAUAAUCAAACCCUGUCUCCUUUGACAUGAAAGAUUAUGUCGAGCAGACAAAACAAGGUAGAAAUUCUCAUCAACUAAGUCCUGCUUUGAUUCAUAAUCCACUCACAUGAAUGUCUUCAUGUCUCCACUGAGCUGUUGUCUGAGGUCCGAUGCCGCCACACAGCGCCCACAGGUGUGAUACCAGAUACCUCCUGAACAUAAAUCAGUCGCUCAGUUUUGUGACAAUGGAGACCCACAUUAAAGUGAAGGUUUGCUUCUAAAUGCAAAUCUGAUUUUGGCUGUUGAUGCUGAAAGGAAAGAGGCAUCAUGCAAAUUACCAUUGACUGUAUUGAUAGAAAUGUUAAUGACUCUCACAGUGUGGGAGGCAGGAUGUGGCUCUGGCUCCUUUAGUCAUGUGACCGCAGCUGAAUUACCUGUAGUUAAACAGGAAUGUGGGACAUCCUAGAUUUUAU